GAACUUUGUUUUCAUAUUUCAGCACAAUGAGUAGAAAACUGGAGGUAUUAAAUGCCAAAACAGGCAAACUAGUAGCUUCUCUGGAUGGGCUGAGUAGCAGCAGUACAAUCAGUCAAGUCAAGGACGCCAUUCACAAACAGAAGAAGCACCUCAUCCCUGACCGGCAGGAGAUCAGACCACAACAGAAAGCCAAAGGAUGCCGCGAUGAUGCCACUCUCUCCUCCCUGAAUAUCACUCCUGCUGGUGGCACUAUUUAUGUCAAGGAUCUUGGCCCUCAGAUUGGCUGGAGUACAGUCUUCUUAGCAGAGUAUGCAGGACCUCUACUGAUCUAUGCCUGGAUCUACACCCGACCAUGGCUCUUCUAUGGAGUGGGAGCUGCUGACAAGCCCUAUUCUUUGUGCACCAAGAUCGCCAUGGGCUGCUACUCAGUGCACUAUGUGAAGAGGCUGCUGGAGACGCUGUUUGUGCACAGGUUCUCUCACGGCACUAUGCCCAUCUUUAAUUUAUUCAAGAACUGCAGCUACUAUUGGGGCUUUACUGCUUACGUGGCGUACCACGUCAACCACCCGCUAUUCACCACCCCUUCUGAGCUUCAAAUGUAUGCCGCACUUGUGGCAUUUUCGGUCUGCGAGCUGGGCAACCUGUCUAUCCACUGGGCACUGCGUCAACUGCGACCUGAGGGCUCAAAGGUGCGGCGCAUCCCCUACCCUAGCAACAACCCCUUCACGAGGCUCUUCUCUUUGGUGUCGUGCCCCAACUACACUUAUGAGGUCGGCGCCUGGCUCUCCUUCAGCGUCAUGACACAGUGCAUUCCAGCUGGUCUCUUCAUGCUGGCGGGCUUCUACCAGAUGGCCGUGUGGGCGCUCGGCAAGCACCGUAACUACAAGAAGGACUUCAAGGACUAUCCCAAAGGACGCAAAGCCAUUUUGCCUUUCCUGCUCUAGACAAAAAUUUUCUUCCUCUCUUCGAAGUCAUUUUACUUCUUCAUUUAUUCAGAUGAAUUUUUCUAUUCUUACUGUUAGUGAAGUAUCAAUUUCAGCCACGAAAAUCUUUCAAGCAUUUCUGUUUCAACUGCUCUGCUUAAGAAUUUCCUUCGAAACGCAACGCUAUUUGCCGUCGUGACUCUGAAUCUAAGUUAUUUUUUUCCUACUCUUCACUAAGUCGUUUGUUCUACACUGGCAAGUCCCAUAAACCCAUUUAAAUAUGCUUAAAUGUUUAAGCCAUUUUCUUUAAGCUCAAUGUGUUCCAUAUCCUCGUAGUAUGCUUUCAAACUAGGAGCCACGCCCAUCUUCCUUAAGUAAUAAUUUUGCGUGUUCAAUUUAACGCAGUUCAUGAUACUGCUAUGUCUGUGCCAUAAAUUAUAUUGAAUAUCUUGAUACAUUGUUCACUCUUGUACCAUCCUGUUCUGUUACCAUGACACUUUUGUACUUGAAAUUUUAUCAUAAUUAUUAAAAAUUCGAGCGGUCCAACUAUAUCUCGUCCCAGCCAAUAGAUUUCAAUAAAUUUGUUUUGAUCAGUAAGUUACAUUUUCCGCAAUGCUUCGCUCACAAAUACUGUUCAUAAUUAUGUAUGGGAAAUGAAAGGAUGCGAUAAUUGCUAGUUUUAAGCAAAGACGGAAAGUUAUUUGAAUUGUUUCUUCUUAAUUAGCAUAAACACGUUUAUUUUUUAACCGUAAUUUCUUUCUGCUGGGUUAAGAUUUCCUCAAGCUCUUAUUUACACAUCAUUCGAAACCUCUUUAUCUUGUCAGCAAAUCGCGAACCAAUAGAGGAUACGAAUAUUGCUUGGCUGUUGAAAUUAGAUAAUCGAGUCACGUCUACCAAACCUAAUUAUCUGCGAAUAAAUUACUAAUUUAAUUGGACUUUAUAUACUCGUCUAUUGUACUUGCAUUGUGCGAAUAUAUUCAAACGGCGGUAUCUUAAUGUUGCGAAAUGUACUUAAAACAACUUUCUUGCUGCAAAAUUUAAUUUAUGUUAGGUUUUUUCAUAAUCUUUGCUGCUGCUUCUUUGUUCUAAUUUACAGACUUGGAUUGUCUGGUUUGGUGUUGUUUCUAAUUUAAGUUAAACUUCAAUGACAUAUUAUAAGUUUUGGUCAAGUAAGUAAGUGGUAAGUUAUCACUGGACCGCGGAACUGAUGAUAAUUUUUUUGCGUUGGUUUAAGGUUAUGUUUUAUUUGUAUUUUGCUCAGUACUUGAUGUAUCAUGUUACUAUAACUGUUUCUUCUAUACUUGGAGAGAAGGUAUCCAGCUUACAGUAGGCGACAGAGGUGAUCAAACUUUUGGGACUUUGCGGAUAUCGAAAGAAGUUUUUAUUGUUGGAUUAUUUGUCAUUUUUACUGAUUAUUAUGAUACUGAUGGCCAGAUCUAAAGCUUUAGCGAUCAGGAACGCUAAAAUUAGGUAGGUAUAGAUGAUAAAUUAUAUUAUUGAGUGUUUAAUUUCAAAUCACGUCUCUAUUUAAACACCGAGACAACUGAACUCGAUAAAUGAAGCGUGAAUGUUAUUGGUUGGACGUUACCUGAUGAUCAUGUUAAUUAAUUGAUUAUUCAGUUAAAAAACUGUGUGGUUCCUGGCUUGUCAGGAUAAGGUUUGUUUUAAUUGAAGCCAAAUUUGACUUCAUCCAUAUCACAAUUGAACAAUUAAUUCAUUUCGUUCUAUAGUUACUUGGUAUUUUUUUUCUUCUAAAAACUUUAAACUGUCAAUGUUGGUCUUGUUGAUAAAUAAAUUUCGACUUUAAAUAAAAAAUGCACGACAAAAAUGAAAAUUCAAAAAUUUUCGGAAUAUUUACAAUGGCAUUUUUUGAGUGAGAAAGCGACAAAUCAAUUGUACAUUUUCGGCGACAAACAACGUCACUAAUAAUGAUAACAAAUCUAUGAAUAACGCGAUAGAUAUAAUUAUUUUGAAACCUAUGUUUACAAUGUCACCCAUGUUACACUAUUAAGAUUAAUUGGGGAACAAUGACGGUGUGUCUGAGGUCUAACAGUUCUAUGCGCUUCUGUUUAGGUGUUGAGGUUUGUUAUGGUUUUUAUUUUGGUGCAUGUUGUUUUAUUUCUGUAGUAAAUUUCGACUCUA